GCGGUGUUACCGGAACAAGAUCGGCGCGAAAAGAAUCUGGGCGAAAAUGAAUGAAAAAAGAAGAAAACAACCGUAGUUAUUGACGAUAAGAAAGCAGAUAUGCAUCCUUGAUACCUGACCAACCUUCUGCGAUAACAGGAAAAACUUUCACUCAGAAUGCCUAGGCGAAAACGGCCUAGGGAAGUAGCGUCUUCUGAGGAAAGUGACCAUGAGCAUGAUCAAACAUCAGCUGAAAGUGAUGGAGAUAGCUCUCAUUCUGACACCAUAGCCCCUCGAAUCACUAGGCGUUCCGCAGCAGGCCUUGUUUCAUCUGUUGGUAUUUCCUCACCUGCUCGGAAAAGAAGAAAAAUAGAAACAAGGACAUCGGAAUCUGCUUCAGAAUGUGAAAAAGAAACACCAAAUAUAAUACAAAACAAAUCCUCGCGUAAAAGUGUAGACAUUAAACAACCAACAAGUAAGUCUGGUUCUAAAGACAAAACGCCGUCAUCGCAAGGAAAGGGCAAACAGUCUGCCAAAGCUAAAAAUGUCAGUCAGGCAAAACUGAAUGAAAAGACAGUGUCCAAAAGAAAAACUGUUGAAACGACAGCAGAAAAUGGGUUUAUGUCUAUUUGGACAGAAAAACGACCAACUCCUUCCAUGGACUACAAUGAGAGUAAUGCAAAGUGUCCACUACCAGGCUGUGAUUCUAAAGGCCAUUUAACAGGCAGACAUGACCGUCACAGAACACUUGCCUCCUGUCCCCUGUACCACAACACAUCAGCCGAGGACUGUAAGAGAAGGUUAGAAGAUAGACACAAGGAACAAACAGAAAGGGAGAAAGUUGUUGCUACGCUGCAGGACAGAAGAGACCUUCGUAAACAGAUUCAGACAGAUGAGCAGAAAGAAAAGUCAGAGAAUAUUCGCAAGCUGAGAAAGAGUUUGCCAGAGAUAACUGAGGAGGAUAAGAAGAAGCACCGGAAUCACAGGGAGAAAUAUGAGAAGGGACGAGAACCUCUCCUCAAUGGCCUAGCCUCAAACUAUGACCUGAAGCUGUUUAGGGAAGCCCAAGCUCGUGCUUGUGAAGUUUUGGAGCAUGAGAUAACACAACACUACACACGGAGUGACUUGCAGGAAUAUCGAAUUAAAAAACUGGAGAUCGGCCGCUUUGAGAUGACCACAUGGUACUCCAGUCCCUAUCCUGAAGAGUAUGCUCGCUUGCCAAAAAUUUAUCUUUGUGAAUUCUGUCUCAAAUACAUGAAAACUGCUACCAUCCUUCGACGUCACAUGGCCAAGUGUGUGUGGCGUCACCCACCUGGAGACGAGAUUUACAGGAAAAACAGUAUCUCUGUGUUUGAGGUAGACGGAAAACGCAAUAAGGUGUAUUGCCAGAACCUGUGUUUGCUGGCCAAGCUGUUUCUGGAUCACAAAACACUGUACUUUGAUGUUGAACCCUUCCUCUUCUAUGUGAUGACAGAGAAUGACACUCAUGGAUGCCAUAUAGUGGGAUACUUUUCUAAGGAAAAGAAUUCCUUCUUGAAUUAUAAUGUUUCCUGUAUCCUGACUCUGCCACAAUACAUGCGACAAGGUUAUGGGAAGAUGCUGAUAGACUUCAGUUACUUGUUGAGUAGGAAUGAAAACAAGAUUGGGUCACCUGAGCGACCUCUUUCUGACCUUGGACUCAUCAGUUACAGAAGCUACUGGAAAGACACCUUAUUAAAUUAUCUCCAUAAAUACAAAGGUGCAGAAAUCUGCAUCAAAGAUGUUAGUCAGGAAACUGGAAUCAAUGCAAACGACAUUGUCAGUACACUGCAAGCUCUGGGCAUGCUGAAGUAUUGGAAAGGGAAACACUUGGUCCUUAAAAGACAGGACCUCAUGGAAGAGUUCUUAGAGAAGAAAUCCAAACACCUGAAUGACCUACGAUCAGUAGAUUCUUCUUGUCUGAAAUGGACGCCACCUACGAAAAGAGUUACUCAGGCGUGACAUCCUACAUAGGAUGUGAUGUUCCUUUAGAGUAUUUGUAGUUUAGAUGUGUGCAUCAUUAUCACAGACUAUAAUAGUGAUUCAUUGAAACAUUGCUAUAUAUUGAAUAUUGCAAACUAUCCAUACACAUACUCUGAAUGAUGACAUGUUAUCCUUUUUACAAACAUUGAUACAGGCUACGAUUGAGGAAAUCGUGAUCUGAUCACACAAAGGCAACGUUAACAUAUAAAAUUCUCACUUCGAAGACAGGAUUGGAUUUUAUUUUGGAUGUGUUAAAAUGAUUAAAAAGAUAUGUAGAUUAUAGUUAAACUACAUGUACAUGCUAACAUCACAUCUGUUACAGAUGAGACUUUCCAAUUAUCUAAACUGAUUAGUGGUAAAGAAAAAUUUGUGUGAUUACUGAAAAUGUAAUAUUUUAUUAUCACACAAUUGACAAAUGUGAGCAUUGUAGUUAUAGAUAAUGUUUGCAUUGAUAGUAUUUUAUUGCAGAUCUAGAACUUUCCAUUGGUACCUGCUACACCUGUCAUUAUGCUUGAGACAGUUUUGUAGUUCAGGUGAAACUUCGUUGUUAUUUUUGUUGUAUAUUUAUAAGUUUAAUUAGGACACGUGGGGUGUAUCGCUGGGAAAGGCAAUGGGCAGGGAACUCAGUACAAUCAUGGAGUAGAGGAACAACAUCUGCAUGUUUAAUUUUUAUCCUGUCUUCAAAUUUGUCCAAUAUUGAAUCUUUAUGUGAAAUAAACUUUUGUAUUGUGGUAAAGCC